AGCAGUGAUGAUGGCGGCCUGUGUGAGUGAGGAGCGAGCGUACCGGCGCUUCCUCGAGCUCUACCUGCGCGAGAUGCGCCCGCCGCUGCCCGAGGACGCACCGGUGCCCGCGCGCCCCUUAUUCGAGCGCGUGUCCGAGGACGAGGUGGAGGGAGAGAGCCUGGACCUGUGUCUGCAACACCUGUGCAAAUAUAACUGCCCGUUCCCGCUGGCUGCAGGACUGGCACGUGGUACAGCAGAUAGUCUCCUACAGACCGACCUCUCCAGUCAUCACAUCACCAAGACCAACGAGGACGGCACGGAGACGGAAACGAUUCCACAGAUCGAUUCGGUGAAGUUUGCCCGACUGGUUUUUAACAGGCUCUGUGAAACAUGCUGCGUGUGGCUGAAAAACUUCCCGCCGCGCCGCCGCGCUCAGUCAUACUACGAGACCUCCAUCCACGCCAUCAAGAACAUGCGACGCAAGAUGGAGGACAGACACGUCAUCAUCCCCGACUUUAACACCCUUUUCAACCUGCAGGAUCAGGAGGAGCAGGCCUUCUUCGCCGUGUUCGACGGUCAUGGUGGGGUGGACGCUGCUACGUUUGCGGCAAAUCACCUUCACGUGAACCUGGUGAAGCAGGAGACGUUCAGUCAGGAUCCCGGAGAAGCUCUGCAUCGAGCGUUUAAAGUCACGGACGAAAGCUUUGUAAAGAAAGCUAAACAAGAGAACCUGAGAUGUGGAACCACCGGGGUGGUGACGUUCCUGCGAGGGAGAACUCUGCACGUGGCCUGGCUCGGGGACUCACAGGUCAUGCUGGUGAGGAAAGGACAAGCAGUAGAGCUGAUGAAACCCCACAAACCUGAUCGAGAGGAUGAGAAGAAGAGGAUCGAGGCUUUGGGUGGGUGUGUGAUUUGGUUCGGGACGUGGCGGGUGAACGGCAGCUUGUCCGUGUCAAGAGCCAUCGGCGACUCCGAGCAUAAACCGUACAUCUGUGGCGACGCCGAUCGCGCAGUGUUCCCAUUGGACGGAUCCGAAGAUUACCUGAUCCUGGCGUGUGACGGUUUCUACGACACGGUGAGUCCGGAGGAGGCGGUGCGCGUGGUCUCCGAUCACCUGCAGGAGAACAACGGAGACACAGCCAUGGUGGCGCACAAACUCGUAGCCUCGGCCCGCGACGCCGGCUCCAGCGACAACAUCACGGUCAUCGUGGUGUUCCUCAGGGACCCGCGGGCUCCGCCUCCCUCCGACGAGCCACAGGAAGAGGAGGAGGAAGAGGAAGUAGAGGAAGAAGAGGAGGAGGAGGAGGAGGAAGAGGAGGCUAUGCAGGGUGAUCUGGUGUGCCAGGACGGCGGAGGAGAGAACGGAGGGAAAGUUCGCACCGGCUGGCCUCUGCAGCAGUGCUCGGCUCCGGCCGAUCUGGCUUAUGAAGAGCGCACCGAUUCGUUCACGGACAGAACGAGCCUGAGCAUCACGGGGCCUGGUCUGCCUGCGUCAGGGAGCGGCUGCAGAAUCGUCCGGACGGACACGCGGAUUAGGUUUCCCAAACCUCGGCUCCCGUCCUGUAAGCGACGCUGGGUGGAAGCGGCUGCUCUUCUGCCUCAUCAAGGACGAAGGAAGAGGAGGAUGGACCAAGUGGUGGAGCAAAGGUGGGAAGAAAAACGUGGAAUUCGAAAGAUCCGCCAGUGCCACAGUGUUCUGAGCUCCAGCCCGAAGGUUCCCAAGCCGCUGCGCUACGCUGAGACCAGGCCAGGAGUCGCCCUUCCUCGUAUAGCACAGGAAUAUGGCAUUUAAGUCCCCUCAACCCCAUUAAUAGUGCAUUAUACAUUAGUCUAUCAUUAAACGUCAAAGAACUCACAUCCUCACAUUAACAAAUAAUAUUUGCCAAAUAAUAAUCUCACGAUCAUGUUCCGAUUUCCUCACGAGUCCCAAUAUAAUCAUAUUAAGGUCCUUUUAGGAUUCCCUAGUUGACUCAAUCCCAAGCCUUAUAUUUAUAGUACUUGAUUACGGCUUGAUGAAAAGGUCUGUGAGCUAGAAAAGACUAAAAUAUUUAUUUAUUUUGCUGUUAGAACAGAGCUGUGCUGAACCACAUGUUUCGUUGGUUUGCGUCCAUGCUUUAACCCUGAGGCUGCUACGUUCCUAAAUAAUUAGCUUUAAAAUACAGCUAAAGAAUCGGAUUACUUACAUUUAUUGUCUCACAUUUUCACACAAUUUGCCAACAAUAGAUCAGAAUGAGAAGCAUUUUUAUAUUUUGAUGACAAGACUAUAUAUACUGCACCGGUAAACUGCACACAGCCUAAAUCAUAACCACAAUCCCCCUCAUCUCAAAAAAAGCUGGAUAAAAACCACCCACAAAAAUGUCUAGUAUCAUAAUUAUAGCUAGCAAAUAAAACCCAGCCCCAUUAUCAAUUAUCAGCUGAUGGUCUUGGUUCUACACAGAUAAACCAACCCAGCACAUUAUCUAACUGAUUCAUUAACACAGAUGCAGUAUAACAUGUAUUUAGUUUGUUUACAACCUCGUCGAGACCAAAGAAAGGCAUACAGCUAGCUGUUUGUGUAGGCGCCGUCAUAUACGCUACCAUUAUAAAGGAGCCACUUCACACUUCAAUCUAGAAAUUUAGAGUGUCUGGAGCGCCCAUGGAGACCUUACCAAACCUCAUUCACCGCUCUGAUCUGUGGAACGUAUCUGUACUAACACACGGUCCGAACCGGUCUGCAGAUUCAUCCAGCUUAUGUAAGCGCUUUUACAGACCGAGCUUCAAACACUCGCCCACUCGCUCACACCUAGGAUCAAUUUAACGUAGCCUAAAUCUAAAUCUACACACUGGCAUGUUCGGGGAAGUGAAGGAAAACUGAAAUACCAACAGGAGACCCACAGAGACGCGGAGUACCUGCAGCACAUUCAUAUUCAAAGAGGCGAAGACUGACCCUGGGACCCUGCAGCCACGAGGCACCCACACAAGCUCCUGUGCCCUGCCGAUCUUCAGAUAUUUCACGUUAUCAUUUUAUGUUUGGAUGUUUAGUGAUCCUAAACGAUUCCUACACUCAAGUCAGCAUCUGUGGGAAUUUUAUUUUUAAUUUUUAAGAAAAACAAGCCUCAAGAGUGGAAAUCUUGCUGCAUUUUGGCGCGUUUGCUUCGUAUGAUGCGAGAGAAAUUCUGAAAGCACGGAUCAACACCCGGGCAUCAAGAGGAACCGCACUUUACAUCUAGUGUUAAAGUUGCAGACCGAUCAUGACUGCGGAUGAAGUGUUCACCUGUUCCCACGCGUAACUUCGAAGGGGGCACACAUUAUAGAGUUAAACUGUAGUAAAAUGAUCUGUGUAUAUACGUAUUUCUGUGCGUGUGGCUGUGUGAUGGUACAGUAUGUGUACAUGACGUCUGUCUUAUUAACGUAAUAGUUCAAUCAGACCUGCACACAGGUGCGCGUUAACGAUCAGCCAUGCUGUCUCACCCGAUAUGUUCAACACACUGAAUAACGUACUUGAACUCAUCCUGAACGUGAGCAGAGCAGGAGGGAUCGCUGGUGGCACCAGACACACCGGACUUUCUUCCUCCGUCUUCAGGGAUCCUGAGCCAUUUCGGAGUGACGGUAGAGACCCCGGCACCGAUGCCCUGCUCUUCUCUCCGCUCAUCCCGCCGUGUCACCUCGUCCGUGCUCACGUACUGCUUUGAUUUUCCUGUAAGCAAUAAUGAACCAACACAAGCCAUGAGACUCUUUCAGGGGCCGCUUUAUUCCAGAGGAACCGAUGCACAGGAACUGUUGUGUUCCACACUGUAGGUGUGUUUCUCACAGACAAACACUAACAAAAUAAUCAGCAUGUGACGUUCUGCUGAGAAAAGAACAGAAAACCUGUUCGCUUCAACAAACGUUAUGUUCCUAUACAUGAAAUUCUCUGUGUCCGAUUACACUAAUGUAAUAAACCAGAGGCAGCUUUAUAUCAAAUCAGUGGCUGAACUGCAGCAACAGAGGAGAAGCAUUUAAUUCAACCAGUUCACAUAUAAUUAAACUCACCAUGUUAAAAUAGUUUCAUCGUAUAUAUAAACAGAUCAAGUUAAAAUGACCAAAACAUGCCUCCAUACCAAGACAAAAAUGAAACUGAUGUGCAAAAAUACACAUUUUUCAUUAACCUUUAACAGUUAAUAACUGAUCUUAAGGUUUCCAUUACAAGUGAAGCUGGAUGAACAGGUUUUUGUUCUUUUCUCAGUACGGGUACGUUUGUGGAAAUGCUUGUUUAUAAUAAUCACACGUAAACGUCAGAUUUAGUAGACGGAGGAUCGGGUUGGAGGAUGUGGAAGCAUUUCAGUGUACGACACUUGUACUCUCUCUAGGAGAAAAUUACAGAUGGAGAAGAUGCUCAUUGCUGAACAGAUCGACGGGCUCUCAGGCUGCUGAGUCUUUAAUGGUGGCUGGAUGUUUGGAUGUUUGAUGGAAACUGACUAACAGAGAAAGCUAGCCUAUAAAGGGUAAACCCAGAGAGAACGAGUCCUCACACUUAAUGUUGUACCUCUAGGAUUUUUUUCCUUUUUACUCAGUUAAUGAAACUAUGAAAACAAAUCCUGCCUUUACUUCCUUCCUAGUAAAAGAAAGUGUUGCCUGCAGGUCCUCUGUAAUCUGCCGACAUGAGUUUCCCUUUCCUCCAGAUUAGCUCAGAGUAAACAGUGAACCUGUGUGUGUAUAUUCUGUGGUACUGUAGUAUUUAUUAUAAAUAUGUAUAUCAUAACUGGUGAAUAUCAUGUAUAAAGAGUGUAAGAAGU